AUGCCCAGCAUCUUCCAUGUCACCUCUGGUCUGAUGGGCAAUGGCUUUUCUAUUAUGAAUUUAGACCCAAAGGCUGCUCAUGAUCAUUGUCUUCAGUUAUGCACAUCCUCUACUUCCCGUUCCUACUCCUCUCUUCCUGCCUCAAUAAAGGAAAAUAGAGUAAACAUAGAGCGCGUGAUUGCGCUCUAUGCAAAUAUCUCGCCGAGGCUCCACCUCCUGGAAGUCUUGCGCUCCGGCUUUACGCCCCGACGUCGUGAAAAGACGGGGCGGGGCCGGCGGGCGGCGGCGGAAGCGGGCGGCGUGCUUUGCGGCCGGGACGGUGGCCGGCGCGAGCCCUGCUGGAGGGCCGUCCCGUCCGCGGCCGUUGGUCUGCGCGGCGGGAUGGAGCCGGGCGGCGCGGCGGAGCCCCCCGCAGGCCUGGGCCGCGUGCUGCGGCAGCUGGCGGGCCCGGGCGGGCGGGCGGCGGCGCUGCGCGAGCUGGACGAGCUGCUGGACGGCGCGGGGGGCGGCCCCGAGGGGCUGGGCCGGCUGGCGGGGGCGCUGGCGCGGGCCGGGGCGCCCCCCGCGGGGCCCGCGCGCGCCGAGGACGUGGCGGCGCUGCUCGGGCGGCUGCUGGCGCGGGCGGGGGACGCGGGCGCGGCGCGCGUGGCCGGCCCCGCCUACGUAUUCGCCGUGGGCCAGGCCGAGUGGCCGGGGGGAGACCCCCGCGCGCGCGCCGCGGCCAGGGAGCUGCUGGCGGGGCUGGUGGCCGCCGCGGGCGCCGCUUCGGUGCCGGGCCUGCUGCGGGGCGCGGAGGGUGCGGGGCUGCUGCCGGCCGUGCUGGAGCUGCUGCGGCCUGAGCUGAGCAAAGAAUCCUGGAAGAAGAACCCGGCCACCAAACACGUUUUUUCCUGGACGCUGCAGCAGGUCACUCGGCCCUGGCUGAGUGAUCAUCUGGAAAACGUGCUUCCUCCAUCACUGCUCAUCUCAGAUGACUAUCAGACAGAGAACAAGAUCCUGGGUGUACAGUGCCUCCAUCACAUUCUGCUCAAUGUGCCAGCAGCCGAUUUGCUCCAGUAUAACAGGGCCCAGGUUGUGUACCAUGCCCUUUUCAAUCACCUGUACACACCAGAGCACCAACUCAUUGAGGCCGUGCUUCCUUGUCUGUUGGAUUUGUUUCCCGUCCUGGAGAGAGGCCAGCACUGGAAGGGAGGUCCAGCCCGGCCCACCACUCACUGUGAUGAGGUGCUGCAGCUGGUCCUGACCCACAUGGAGCCAGAGCAUCGCCUGGUUUUACGCAGGACGUACGCAAGGAGCCUGCCAGCUUUCGUGAAGAGGUUGGGGACCUUGACUGUCCGGCACUUGAAGAGGCUGGAGCGAGUCGUCAUUGGUUAUCUGGAAGUGUAUGAUGGACCAGAGGAGGAGGCUCGAUUGAAGAUCCUGGAAACCCUAAAACUGCUCAUGCAGUAUACAUGGCCCAGAAUGCCUUGUCGAACUGUGGUGUUACUGAAGGCUCUCUUAAAACUGAUCUGCGAUGUCGCCAGGGAUCCUGACCUCACACCUGCGCCUGUGAAGCAGGCCUUGCUGGAGGCGGCCACAGACUGCCUGAUUGUCCUGGACCACUGCUCGAAAGGGCAGGUGAAGGGUCUCCUGGCCAAAAUUGCCCAAAGCUGUGAUGAUGACAAGGUGGUAAGCUGCAUCAGAAAAGUGCAGGUUUCUGGCGGCACUCCCAACAGCGCAACUUAAGAUCUGUAUUACUUUCCUGAAGAGGAUUUUCUUGUUCCAAUUAUAUAAAUGAAAUCUCUUAAGGACAGAGCGUCUGACGAGUCACUGUCUGCCUCCUGCUGCUCCAGGGCCUUGUCGAAGGCGUGGAUGGGGAAGUUGUAGAUGUCUCCGUACUGAAGGAACACAGGGACUGGCUUAGCUACAUUGGAGUCUUAGACAUGGGCUCUACUCUGACAAGCACCUUUCCCUCAGUGAUUGAGGAUUCUCAAUCUGAUGAUGAUGUCUCUAUUACCCAGCUGAGAGCUAUCUGUGAAACUUAAUUCUGAUAUUUAAAUAAUGAAUGGUUAAUAUAAAACUGGUAGUUUCUGCGAAGAAAGGAAUCAGAUUACUUAAAAUCCCUCGGAGGGGGUGGGCUCCAGCUUCCCUCCCCACCCGGAGCAGAGCUCCCAGCGGCUGAAGACCAUCGGAACCUAGCUACAGCCAUACUCAAGGCCCCUCUCCACACAUUCGAACAGGCCUCAUGCAUGAAGGUACCGGCAGAGGAACCCAGGUGUGUGUAAUCCCAUCAACGGCCAACAUCCAGAGACUUAAAAGCAAGCUCUCUGAAGAGAGUGAUGCAGAGUCUCGCAAAGAUAUUGUGCGAAGCAGCCACGCAAUAUCUUGUAGCCUACUUCUCCCCCUGGGAGAAAUUGGCAAUCUUCUGAGUUUCCUGCCCACAUGGGACAACCUUGCAAGCUUCCCAUGGUGUAUUCAUAUGCUAAAUCCAGUAACAAGCUGGAUCUCAUUCCCCAGACCCUGAAAGAAUCCCCAGUGCGACAUCGUUACCAGGUCAAGAUAGACUUCUAAGAGUUCAGGAAAAGGACGAAAUGAGAGGUUACUGAGCCCGCCCGAGAAAUCGGUGAUUAACGGGAUUUCAUGAUCGUGAUUGUGAGUUGUCAAUGAAAACCACAGACUGGAAUAACUAAUUUGUUUUUGUUUUUGUUUUUUGGGGUCACACCAGGCAAUGCACAGGGGUUACUCCUGGCUCUGCACUCAGGAAUCACCCUGGUGAUGCUCGGGGGAACAUAUGGGAUGCUGGGAAUCGAACCCGGGUCAGCCGUGUGCACGGCAAACGCCCUACCCGCUGUGCUAUUGCUAUUGCUCCAGCCCCUGGAAUAACUAAUUUUAUAGUAAGAAAAAGUUUACUCUUGUUGUCUCUGUAAAUGACACUGAAUUUUAAGAAUAAAAAUAUUAUUUUAAACUGCAAAGACCAUGGUCUUUUAAACUUCAAACAAACAUGUAUGGCUUAUGCAGAGAUCUGAACUGUUGCACUAGGGAAUAGGAGUCGCGGUUAAUGGGAAAAGGUGAAAAAGAUUCUUGCUGUGAACAGAUGUGACCAAAGUAUUUUUGUACCUGUGCUAAUAAAUCAAAGCCAAGGGCUAUCUAUAUUCCAGAGAUAAGAUCAAAAUAACAUUCUAGCAUCUUAAAAAAUGAAACACAUUUCCUGCUUUUCCA